AUGUUCUCAGACACCAGAGCUCCUGGGGAGCACAGAGGCUAUCAGCACAGCAACCCUCAUCUCAACCUCUGGCUCCACAAUAGAUUCAGGGCCCACCACAGCGACAUGGGACUCAAUGGGCAGCGCAGGCGGACUGAUGCCAACCUUACCUAUCCCAACAGAGCCAAAGAGGUAGGCUUUAAAUCACAAGAGGUGAUCAACACUAUACAUGGGAAGGAAAGGAUGGGUCCCCAUUUGAAUGGACUGGGACUGGAGGAGCCAGAUUUAAGUAGCCAAGAGGGCAGUCCUUCCAGGUGGAGCCAAGGCCAGUCUCCAGAGCCAGGCCUGAGACACAGCGCGUCUGUCAGGAACCACUACACAGAACACUCCUUUGUUUGGAACCACCGGCAGACGUUACCACACCCCUCAGUCAAGAACUACGUGAUGGCCCCUGCCCCCGCUCCGCCAAAACAGUUCAAAGGUCAAGACGGCUGUAAAGUGCCUGUUUGUUUGGAGGACCAGCUAUGGGGUUACCCCAGACAGACCUGUCAGAGAAACAUUCAUAAAUCCAGCUGGGUGGAUUCAGCCACAGCCACACAGGACUUACCCAUUCACCAGAGUUUCAGUUCCACCUUGAGUUCCACCCAAAAAAAAGUCAGAAACAGCCAUAAACAUUUGACUAGACCAGUAGGUGGACCAGAGACCAGAAGAGACCAGAAAGACUUGACUAAACCUGUAGGUGGACCAGAGACCAGAAGAGACCAGAAAGACUUGACUAAACCUGUGGAGGGUUACAAUGGACCCAGCUCUCUGCAUGAGGUCAUAUUCUCCACAGAGGUUCCUCAGAGAAACAUGGGAGGUCCCACUCUCAGACCCCAGCAGAGUCCCAGUAAGCACUGUCCCACCCCAGAGGACGUCCAGACCAGGCCCCCCAGCGGCCACCAGGGCUCCAGGAGAGGGCCAGGGCUGACUGGGUCGAAGAGGAGCCACCGGAAGGUGGUCCGGGAUCAGAUCCGGAGAGUGGUGGAGAACCUGGAGGAGGUUCUAGGAGGCCUGAAGGACAUCCAUCAGGAGAUGAAGGAGGUAAAGACGUUUCUGUUUGCCUAUAAGUUACAGCUAGGGUCUAUCUUUGAUGGGAGGAUUUAAAGCUGUUUCUUGUGCAGAGCUGUGGUGUAGUGGUAACACUCCCCGGCACAAGUCACAUGUACAAUGGAGACUGUGGUUCAAGCUUCGCAUCCCACUGUUCUGAUUUCCAAAAUGUCUCAAUAAGUGUCAAAUACAACAACAACAACAAAUAUUAAAAAUAAAAUAUAAAAAACUUGUUUUGGGAGGGGAUAGUGAGCGAUGUCCUGGUAUUGUCAACACGUAAUAAUACAAGUAAUAAUAGAUACACAAUGAGUAACGAUAACUUGGCUAUAUACAAGGGGUACCAGUACCGAGUCGAUGUGCAGGGGUGCGAGGUAAUUGAGGUAGAUAUGUACACACAGUGGCUUGUGAAAGUAUUCACCCCCUUGGCAUUUUUCAUAUUUUGUUGCCUUACAACCUGGAAUUAAAAUGGAUUUUUUUGGGGGUUUGUAUCAUUUGAUUUACACAACAUGCCUACCACUUUGAAGAUGCAAAAUAUUUUUUAUUGUGAAACAAACAAGAAAUAAGACCAAAAAACUGAAAACUUGAGCGUUUACAGCUGCAAGUCUCUUGAGGUAUGUCUCUAUAAGCUUCGCACAUCUAGCCACUGGGAUUUUUGCUCAUUCUUCAAGGCAAAACUGCUCCAGCUCCUUCAAGUUGGAUGGGUUCCACUGGUGUACAGCAAUCUUUAAAUCAUACCACAGAUUCUCAAUUGGAUUGAGGUCUGGGCUUUGACUAGGCCAUUCCAAGACAUUUAAAUGUUUCCCCUUAAACCACUCGAGUGUUGCUUUAGCAGUAUGCUUAGGGUCAUUGUCCUACUGGAAGGUGAACCUCCGUCCCAGUCUCAAAUCUCUGGAAGACUUAAACAGGUUUCCCUCAAGAAUGUCCCUGUAUUUAGCGGCAUCCAUCAUUCCUUCAAUUCUGACCAGUUUCCCAGUCCGUGCCGAUGAAAAACAUCCCCACAGCAUGAUGCUGCCACCACCAUGCUUCAUUGUGGGGAUGGCCACUCUUCCGUAAAGCCCAGCUCUGUGGAGUGUACGGCUUAAAAUGGUCCUAUGGACAGAUACUCCAAUCUCCGCUGUGGAGCUUUGCAGCUCCUUCAGGGUUAUCUUUGGUAUCUUUGUUGCCUCUCUGAUUAAUGUCCUCCUUGCCUGGUCUGUGAGUUUUGGUGGGCGGCCCUCUCUUGGCAGGUUUGUUGUGGUGCCAUAUUCUUUCAAUUUUUUAAUAAUGGAAUUAAUGGUGCUCCGUGGGAUGUUCAAAGUUUUUUUAUAACCCAACCCUGAUCUGUACUUCUGCACAACUUUGCCCCUGACCUGUUUGGAGAGCUCCUUGGUCUUCAUGGUGCCGCUUGCUAGGUGGUGCCCCUUGCUUAGUGGUGUUGCAGACUCUGGGGCCUUCCAGAACAGGUGUAUAUAUACUGAGAUCAUGUGACAGAUCAUGUGACACUUAGAUUGCACACAGGUGGACUUUAUUUAACUAAUUAUGUGACUUCUGAAGGUAAUUGAUUGCACCAGAUCUUAUUUAGGGGCUUCAUAGCAAAAGGGGGUGAAUACAUAUGCACGCACCACUUUUCCGAUAUUUAUUUAGUAUAAUUUUUUGAAACAAAUUAUUUUUUUCAUUUCACUUCACCAAUUUGGACUGAAAUCCAAAUAAAAAUCGAUUUAAAUUACAUGUUGUAAUGCAACAAAAUAGGAAAAACGCCAAGGGGGGUGAAUACUUUUGCAAGGCACUGUAUAACUAGGAAUAAAGCGUAUAAAUGGAUAGUAAACGGUAGCAGCACGAAUGUGGUGAGUCAAAAAAGUUAGUGCAAAAAGUGUAAAUGCAGAUAGUCCGGGUAGCUAUUUGGUUAACUAUUUAACUAACUAUUUAGCAGUCUUAUGGCUUGUGGGUAGAAGCUGUUCAGGGUCCUGUUGGUUCAAGACUUGGUGCAUCGGUACCGCUUGCCGUGCAGUAGCAGAGAGAACAGUCUAUGACUUGGGUGGCUGGAGUCUUUGACAAUUUGUAGGGCCUUCCUCUGACACCACCUGGUAUAGAGGUCCUGGAUGACAGGGAGCUCAGCCCCAAUGAUGUACUGGGCUGCCCGCACUACCCUCUGUAGCGCCUUGUGGUUGGAUGACCAAGCAGUUGCCAUACCAAGCGAUGAUGUAGCUAGUCAAGAUGCUCUCAAUGGUGCAGCUGUAUAACUUUUUGAGGAUCUGAGGGCCCAUGCCAAAUCUUUUCAGCCUCCUAAGGGGGAAGAGGCUUUGUCGUGCCCUCUUCACGACUGUGUUGGUGUGUUUGGACCAUGGUAGAUCCAUAGUGAUGUGGACACCAAGGAACUUGAAGCUCUCAACCCACUCCACUACAGCCCCGUCGAUGUGAAUGGGGACUUGGCCAUCUGUUUCCUGUAGUCCACGAUCAGCUCCUUUGACUUGCUGACGUUGAGGGAGAGGUUGUUGUCCUGGCACCACACUGCCAGGUGUCUGACCUCCUCCCUAUAGGCUGUCUCAUCAUCAUCGGUGAUCAGGCCUACCACCGCUGUGUUGUCAGCAAACUUAAUAAUGGUGUUGGAGUCAUGCGCAGCCAUGCGGUCGUGGGUGAACAGGGAGUACAGGAGGGGACUAAGCACGCACCCCUGAGGGGCUCCCGUGUUGAGUGUCAGCGUGGUGGAUGUGUUGUUGCCUAGCCUCACCGCCUGGGGGAGUCCCAUCAGGAAAUCCAGGAUCCAGUUGCAGAGGGAGGUGUUCAGUCCCAGGGUCCUUAUCUUAUUGAUGAGCAUGUAGGGCACUAUGGUGUUGAACGCUGAGCUGUAGUCAAUGAACAGCAUUCUCACGUAGGUGUUCCUUUUGUUCAAGUGGGAAACGGCAGUGUGGAGUGCCAUACAGAUUGCAUCAUCUGUGGAUCUGUGGGUGCAGGGUGUCUGGGAUGAUGGUGUUGAUGUGAGCCAUGACCAGCCUUUCAAAGCAUUUCAUGAUUACAGAUGUGAGUGUACGGGGCGAUAGUCAUUUAGACAGGUUACCUUGGCGUUCUUGAGCACAGGGACUAUGGUGGUCUGCUUGAAACAUGUAAGAGAGAGAGGCUUAAAAGGUCAGUGAAGACACUUGCCAGCUGGUCGGCACAUGAUCUGAGUCCUGGUAAUCCGUUUGGCCUUGCGGCCUUGUGAAUGUUAACCUGUUUAAAGGUCUUAUAUCGGCUACGGAGAGCGUGAUCACACAGUCGUCCGGAACAGCUUGUGCUCUUACGCAUGGUUCAGUGUUGCUUGCCUCGAAGCGAGCAUAGAAGGCAUUUAGCUUGUCUGGUAGGCUUGCGUCACUGGGCAGCUCGCGGCUGGGUUUCCUUUGUAAUCCAUGAUAACGAGAGUCAGAGUGUGGAGUAAAGGUGAUAUAGAGUUAUUUUGCCUCUAGUUGCACAGGUGACAUGCUAGUAGAAAUUAGGUCAGACGGAUUUCAGUUUUCCUGCAUUAAAAUCACCGGCCACCAGGAGCGCUGCCUCUGGAUGAGCAUUUUCUUGUUUGCUUAUGGCCGAUGCAUAGAAAAACCAGAUAGAAUACUAUCCAUGUCCUUGUUCAGCCAAGUUUCCGAGAAACAUAGGAUAUUACAGUUCUUCAGGUCCCAUUGAUAGGAUGGUCUGGAACGGAGCUCGUCCAGUUUGUUCUCCAGUGAUUGUACAUUCGCCAGUAGAACAGAGAGUAGAGGCGGUUUAUUUACUCGCUGCCGUAGUUUCAUCAGGGUUCCCCGCAAAUCAGCCUCUAUAUUGUCAUCUCUUUCAUUCCGAGUGUCGGGAUUACGUUCUGGUCCGGGGUGAGCAAUAUGCCCUCUGCCACCGACUCAUUGAAGUAGAAAUCUUAAUCCAAAUCGAGGUUAGUGAUCGCUGUUCUAAUGUCCAGAAGUUAUUUUCGGUCAUAGGAAAUAAUGGCGGGAACAUUAUGUACCAAAAAGUUUCGAUCUGCGCAGAAAAACAUACAAUAUAGCAAAGUUGGUCAGGAGCCCGUAAAACGGCCGUUAUACAUUCCAACACCAUUCUCUUUUGUUGGCAAACAAACUGAAAGGAAUACAUUCUGCCACAUGUAGUGUGCUGUUUGAACAGGUAUAAAGCCAAGAUUGGCGAUUUACUGCCACCUGCAGUUAUGGAAUGUUUGCUCACAAGUAUAAUUAAUUGGCUGAUCCCUCCUGAUGACCCGGAUGGAAUCAUAUGAUCCUUCCUUAACCCAUUGGAAGUCCCACCCAGUUGACUACUUCAAAAUGGUGAAAGCCCUCAAUCGUGCUACACAUGCUAAUACAGGCUUUUGGCUAGUAGAGGCCUCUAUCAUUCUCUAUGGUUCCACCAAAUGAGUACCUCUUGGGUAGUGUAACUUCGUCAAUUAACUGUCAUAAACAGCACAUGUUCAACUUAAUAAAAAUCACUUUUUCCCAUCUCAAGAGGUUAAUUAAAUACAAAAAGUACUAUAGUUAGUGCCUAUUAAGUCCAAAUAUCUAAAUGACUAAAAUGUAAAUGUAAAUAAAGUAACAGGGUUGAGGAUUUCCUCUUAAAUCAGUCAGAAGUCCCUCUGUGAGAAUGGAAUUGUGGGGGAAUGGAAGCUUGUUGUGUGCAACAGGGAGGGGCAAUUGAAUGCUAAUUUUACUAAAUGAAAUUGUUCAAACGUUUCUAGCCUGUCUAUCUAUGGGUAACAGGGUUGAUGUGUUAUGCUUGACCGCUCAGUUUUCCACCACAAAACACCAGAGAAUUGCCAAAUAGAGUAGAACCAGCUCACUGCUUUUACACUAAGAUUUGACUAUUAAAUGUUCAAUGUUUCGAAAUAAAUAUUAAAGCGAAAGUUCAGUUCACGUAACAGGGUGUUUUUUUAUUUUUAUUUUUAUUAAUCACUAAUCACAUUAAAUAAAUAAUAAUCUUCAGAAAUUACUUUGUCAAAGCAACAAAAUAACUAGGGCUUUACAAUGAUGGUGAAAACUUUUUAGGGUUAAGUGGGUUACAAUCUUCCCAGAAGGAAGUCUUUAUUCAUAUAAAAAAAAUCAGAUUUAUUGAAUAUAACAUGUGGUCUAUAUUAAAGGGCACCAUUUAUAUUGGUGCACAAUUUCUACUUAAAAUAUCAAAGGGACGCAAAAGGCAUGGAACAACCCUGCUAUGCUCCAUUUACCUAAUGUAUGCAAUGUUUUAAAGUGAUGCUCAGCAGCGGUACCCUCUCCUCUCCAGUCCCUCCACCACCAGAUGCUGACAGGGGAGCAGCUGGAACCAUGCUUUUAAUCCAUUUAUGGAAACGCCUGAGCCCUGGCUCAUAUUCUCAUCCCAUAAAAGUGACAUGUAAAUCGGCCCCUCUCACGUUAUCUGGCUGCAUUACUGUACUGUUAUUUGGCGCUCCUGCUGUGCUAGGUGGAAAGUUCAGCAUAAGUGCAGCCCGAGAGCAAGGGUAUUGCACGAGGGUAUUGCAAACGUUAGUAGAACGUUAAAUAAAUGUAUGAAGUAACAUCCAGUGAUGCUGCUGUUAUAGUGUGGUGCAAGGAACAUAUCUUACUGGACCAGGUGGUCAGGGACCUGAAGGAAGACACCAGAGAACUUGAGUAGUUAAGUGAGAAAAACAAUUUGUCUAGCAACAGCACGACCACACACAGCAAAGGUUGAGGCAGAUCAAACGUUUUCUCUAGUCUCAUUUUCUCGCAUCUCUCCAGCCCCAUCAUCGCUGACGUGUAUCUUAAUCCCUUUCACAGGUGGUGCAGCAGAUUGAGCUGCUGACCUCGUCCAUUGACCUGAGUGAAGGGGAUGCCAGCCCCAGCCUGCCCAGUGACAGCAGCUCCACCUCCAGUGGAGUCGCGAUGGGCAGCAGCCACCAGAGGCCCAGGGGUGAGGAGGCCAGGCAGGGGGAUGCAGCUCUCUCCUCCCUCAUCAGGACUAACUCACCCCAGCGUCACAACCCUGCCUCCAGCCCGGUCCGCCUCCCCCACCAACUUGCUCCCAACCCUCAUAGGAGUAGCCCUGUUCGCCCUCCCACCCCUGGUCUGUCCCCCCUCAGUACCAACCCACCUCACCCCAACACCCAUGAUCCAUCAGUCAAGAGCAAGAGUUUGUAUUACCCCCUCAACCCUGCCUCUAACUCUACUCUCUUUCACACCCUUGGACUUUCUCCCCAUAAAAAAAGUCCCCCUCCUCACCCCUCUGCUCUUGGUCCAUCUGUCACCGUAGAGACCCAAACAGGGCCACCCAUGAGGGCGCCUCGCCCUGUCAGCCCACCCAGAGGCCUUAAGACCCAGACCAGGGUGGAGGGAGUGAGGACAACAUCUGCUAAAUCACUGGGGCUAACCCAGGGCCAGACGGUCCCACACGGCCCAGGGAGAGUUCCAGGGCCCAAGGGCCGCAAGCCUCCUCCUUACCCGCACAAUGGGCACUUUGAUCGGGGAGCGAGUAAAGGCAAGGACCCCAGGAAGGCUCCCCCGUAUCCUGUGAAGAGAAGACUGCUCUCGACCACG